CUGAGGCCGGCUCUGGAGCCCCCCACCCCAACGGCGGCUGCUUGAUCCUCUGCCGGGGGGGCCCCCCGCGCCGUUUCCUCCUCCCCGCAUCGCCCUUUGCUUUCAUGCAACGCCUGGUGGCCUGGGACACAGCAUGCUUCCCCAUCCAGCCGCCCGCCUUUAAAUCCAUGGAAGUGGCUAAUUUCUACUACGAGGCGGACUGUCUGGCUGCUCUGAACAAGCUGCACCCGCGGGCGGCCGGCGGCCGCGCCGUGAGCGAGCUCUCCGUGGGGGACCACGAGAGAGCCAUCGACUUCAGCCCCUACCUGGAGCCCGCGGCCGCGCAGCCGCCUCCUCCCGCGGCAGCAGCAGGGGGCAACUUUGAGCCUGCCUGCAGCGGCGGCCAAGAUUUCCUUUCCGAUCUCUUCGCCGAGGACUAUAAAGGCAGCAGCGGCGGCGGCAAGAAGCCCGACUACACCUACCUCAGCCUCGCCCGCCACGGCCCGCCGGGCGCCGGGCAGGCCCACAAGCCGGCGCCGCUGCCCGGCUGCUUCGCGCCGCACGCCGCGGACACCAAGGUGGAGCCGGUCUUCGAGAGCCUGGACUCGUGCAAGGGGCCCCGCAAGGAGGAGGGGGGCGCGGGGCCGGCGCCGGGGGGCAUGUCCUCCCCCUACGGCAGCGCCGCGCGCUCCUACCUGGGCUACCAGUCGGUGCCGAGCGGCAGCAGCGGGAACCUCUCCACGUCGUCCUCGUCCAGCCCCCCCGGCACCCCCAACCCCUCCGAGCCCUCCAAGUCGGCCGCGGCCGGCGGCGGCGGCUACUCCGGCGCCGCGGCGGGCAAGAACAAGGCCAAGAAGUGCGUGGACAAGCACAGCGAGGAGUACCGGCAGCGGCGCGAGCGCAACAACAUCGCGGUGCGCAAGAGCCGCGACAAGGCCAAGAUGCGCAACCUGGAGACGCAGCACAAGGUCUUAGAACUGACGGCCGAGAACGAGCGGCUGCAGAAGAAGGUGGAGCAGCUCUCCCGGGAGCUGAGCACCCUCAGGAACUUGUUCAAACAGCUGCCCGAGCCGCUGCUCGCCACCUCGCCGCGCUGCUGACCCCCGCGCGGGGCGAGCGCCGCCGCCCUCCAUCCCUCCCUCCUGCCGCGGAGCCCGGCGGCCGCUCGGUUUGGUUGUCGCUUUUUCCUUUUAUUUUUAUUGUUUUUGGUCUUUU